AUGUGGAUGAGUAAACUGGUUAAGCAUCCAUCCUACAGUGUUUUGGGGUUUUACACGAAGAGGCUUUGUACUGAAUCAUUCAAAUCGUUACAUGAAUUUGAUGUACUGCCGAAUAGCACAAUAUUUCAUUCUGUCUAUUCUCGAAGAACGUGCACAACUGGCAGGGCUCUCAUACGUGAUACUUCAAUCCAUAAACCUUAUUCAACCCACAGGAUAUAUGCAAUUGAUCGAUCAAAAAAUGAAAAUACUCGGAGGGCUUAUGACAAAUGCGAGGUAAAGGGAAUACCCAUUGAUGCGUACACGUUAAAACGAAUUAUUAAUUCUUGUGGUAUGAAUGAAGUAGAAUUUUCGAAAAGUAUAAGUUACUUAUAUGUGAAGACCGCAGGCUCUGGACUCAGGGAUGUACUGUCUUCAGAGGAGCUGUCUUUUCUUUUAAACAAACUAUAUUCACAACGGUUUCAAAUCAGGGGAAUUUGUAGAGACAUAAACGUCAAAUAUUCAGAAUUUUGGUUUAAACUGUUUUCCUUAUAUGCAGAAAAAGUUGACGCCAAGAGAAACCAAAUUAAUUUACGAAAUAUAAAAUUAGAUGCGUGCGAAAUAUUUGAUAUGAAUCUUUUAAUCAAAAACUUCAUAGAGCUCGGUCAAUUAGGUAAGGCUCAAAAAAUUUUAAGUUUUAUUGUCGAUAGAAAUCCUGAUAUAUUACUUUCCCCAAAAACUGCAGACAUUAGCACAAUUGUUCACUUUCUACAAUUACGUUGUGGCGCGUUGGCAGCUUAUUGGAAAAUACCAGAUAAUAGUGAGCAAAAACAAUGGCAUUUACGAAGGAUGGUUCGAUUAGGUGCGAAAAAUACUUCAAUUCGUCUCUCUUCCACCUAUAAGGCCAUGGACCACCAAACGUUAUUGAAGAUUGCUGAUCUUGCACUGCAGGAGAAAAGGUUUUUGAAUUCCGAGGAUCUAUUAUCUACUUUAAUUCAGUCCUUUGGGCACUUGGGACAAACCCAAAUAUUGGAACGGUGUAUUGAACAUGUAUGGCAAAUAUCACCGCAGGAGUUUCCUAGUCACGUGGUAGUCAAAUCUCGAGGAUGUUAUCCUAGUUCCAAAAUUCUUGUUUCAAUCUUGGUCUCAUUCUACUUAAAUGACAACGAUCUUCACAGAGGCCUAAGUAUUUUGGAUUCAUUCAUAAAACACUAUCCGGAUGUGAAAUUGGAUGCGCUAUUUUGGAGAAGACUGCUUCAGUUGAGCCAUUUCGCUUGGGCGCCAACGAACGACAAGAGAGCCACUUCUGUUGUUAGAUGUUGGGAUUUAAUGAAGCAGUGGUAUACAUCUAAGCGGCUAAACCCUUCAGUUGAUUAUGAGACGUUGAGACAACUGUAUGAUAUCAUGAAGAAAACAGGUAAUUUCCCGCUUGGCAUUGAUGUUUUAAGGAAUUUCAAACUAGGGAUCGAAAGAGUGAGAACAGCGAACGACGGAAGAGUCAACAAUAUCAUUAUCAAAUACCAAAAGUGUAUUAUUAAGGAGCUUGUAAAUAGAGGUAAAUUUUCAGCGGUAAGAAAAUUUAUUAACAAUUUCGGUUUUGAUAGAAAAAUGACCAAAGAUUUGAAUAUUUUCUGUGCAAAUCGUAUGCUCAUAAGGAGUAGGAAAAUGAAAAACAAGAUUGAGAACAAAAAGGAAAGGGAAAAAUUAAGGCAGGGUAGUUUCGAUGAUGAUGAAGAUGACGGUAUGAUUAUAGGGAGCCUUUGGUGA